AUGGAAGCUGAAAGGAUGGAGGAAAACCAUUCGCCCAAAGAGAGUGUCGAAGCAGGCCAGGUCAGGAAGUCGAAGUUGUGUGGACUUGGGCAAAAGAGGAAAUGGAAAGAGUUUGGAAGCAGAGCCAGAAAGAGGGAGGUGUUGUCUCCGUUGCUGAAGAAAGAGAUCACGGAAACGUUAGCUCGAAGAGGGAUCGAAUGCGUGGAUGAUUGGAAAGAGUAUGUGAGAACAAUGGAACAGGACGGCGAAGUCAUGGCAGAACUGUGUGAAAUAUUGAACACUGAUGUGUUUCAGGAAUUAUUGGAUCGCAGACCAGUCAAUUGCAGAGGAUGCGUUCGACUAGGACAGACGUCUGCAGAUCACUCGAGGCGACAUUCGCUGUAUCGGACAACUACGCCACCGGUGGACGAAGGUGCGUCAGUAUCAGAUCAAUUAACAAUGUACCUGAGGGCAAUGGCCUGUACGGACCCUGGUGUGUAUAGGGGAGCGAGGAAUGAGAAUUUUAACGAAUUCGUACGACGGUUUAAGCGAAAUGUGAAGCGACUCUUACUAGAAAUCUUGUGUGAUGACCACUUAGGUGGAAGAGCAAAGAAUAUAUACAAGGCUCUGCCAAGGCUAGUGAAGGACCAGGGAUUCGAGAUGGUUAUAAAGGAGAUGUCUAGACUGCUAGCACAAGAGUCCACGGCGGGUAGGCUGAGGGCUUUGACGGAGUUACGAGAGCUGAAAAUUAGACCCAAUCAGGACGUGGCGGAUUUCUGCGUAGUACUAGAGAAUCUCGGCCAGCAGGCAUUCCCAGAGGGGAACGCAGAGGAUCGGUCGUUGGAAUAUGCUCAGAUCCUCUUGAGCAACCUCGGUGAUUGGCCCGAACACUUUCAGUUAGUUGGUGCUCUGCAUAAGGUGCAACCUUAUAUGGCACACGAUGAGGUUAAGCAACUGCCCUUAAGUAUAGAACAGUCAAAGCUCAUGCUGGGUGUGAACAGCAAUGUCGGCAAGAUGAGCUGGAGAAAUAGGUCCGCGCAGUAUUGUUGUGUUAGCGAAGAAGAAAGUUUGGACCGUGCGAGACCGUGGGCGAGACAGGAGCCAUGUAGAAGAGAUCCAUGUCUAGCAGACGGCUGUGGAUAUCAGCCUGGAGCACAGAUGUCGCCUCCUAAUGACAGAGUUGCCACAAGAACUAGUGGUAGCGAAGCGAGGAAGUGCUACACUUGUUCCAAGUAUGGGCACAUAAGUCGCGAUUGUCCGCAGCGGACUACUAGAGUAACUCAGAUCAAGCACAAACGACAGACCCAGAGAAAGAAAAAGUAUAAUCAACAAGGCGCGUGGCUUAGGGAUAGCGGUGAAAAGACGGAAACUGGUAUAAAGUACCUUAAUUGGAGAUCGGAUCAUGGCAUCAGUGAGCCUGCUCAAUAG